AUGAAGAUCUUCCAGGACAUUCAAGCUAUAGCCAGGCCCUCGCAGAUCUGCGCCCUGCUGCCGCUUUAUAGUGGAGAUGACGAGGAGAGCUUUCGGUUGGGCGCUUUGGGUCGCUGGUACGGACGUCUGGUGGCCCUGAUUAUACUGGCCAGCUCGAUGACCUUCGGCGAGGACGUGCUCUUCGCCUCCAGGGAGUAUAGGUUGGUGGCCAGUGCCCAGGGUGACACGGAGGAGAUCAACAGGACCAUCGAGACGCUGCUCUGCAUCGUCAGCUACACGAUGAUGGUGCUGUCCAGUGUGAUAAAUGCCUCUCAUCACUGUCGCACCCUGCGAGAUAUUGCCAAAAUCGAUGAGUAUCUGGUGGUCAAUGGUUUCCGGGAGAGCUACAGCUGCCGCAAUCUGAGCAUCCUGGUCACCUCGGCUUCUUCAGGGGUUCUGGCUGUGGCCUUCUACUACAUCCACUAUCGCAGUGGCAUUGCCUCCAGGAAGCAGGUAAUCCUGCUGCUGAUCUACUUCCUUCAGUUGCUCUACUCCAGUGUCUUCGCCAUAUAUCUGCUGACCAUACUGAAGACCCUGGCCCAAAGGAUUGCAUUUCUCAACCGAAAACUGGAUGCGUUUGGCCUGCAGGAUAGCAGUGGUAAUGUGGAGAACUGGCGAGAGCUGAGCAAUCUCAUAGAGGUGCUCUGUAAGUUCCGCUACAUCACCGAGAAUAUGAACUCGGUGGCUGGAGUGGCGUUGCUAUUCUACUUCGGUUUCUCCUUUUACACGGUGACUAACCAGAGUUACCUGGCCUUCGCCACCCUGACGGCCAUUUCAUCGAGUUCCCAGAGAGAAGUGGCGGAUACCAUGGGUCUUUCGUGUGCCUGGGUUCUGGCCGAGACCAUUACGAUGGCGGUGAUUUGCAGCGCCUGCGAUUGCCUGGCCUCCGAUUCAAAUGGUACGGCCCAGAUCCUGGCCAGGGUUUACGCGAAGAGCAAGCAGUUCCAGAACCUCAUCGACAAGUUCCUCACCAAGAGCAUCAAACAGGAUCUGCAGUUUACCGCCUACGGAUUCUUCUCCAUCGACAACUCCACGCUUUUCAAGAUCUUCUCGGCUGUUACCACCUAUUUGGUAAUCCUCAUUCAGUUCAAACAGUUGGAGGACUCCAAGGCGAUUGAAAUUUGA